GUCUCCUUUCCCCUUCCAGAGCAUAGCGGGGCAGGCACACCUUCACCGCCGCCUCCUGCUCGUCUCCUCUCCCCGGCCGGAUCCUCCACCGGCCGCUCCUCUCGCGGUGCGGUGGAGUUGAGAUCCAUCCGUACGUGGGUUGGUUUCGUCCUUUUGUUGAUCAAUGGCUGACGGUGAGGAUAUCCAGCCACUUGUGUGUGACAAUGGCACCGGAAUGGUCAAGGCUGGCUUUGCCGGUGAUGACGCGCCCAGAGCAGUGUUCCCUAGCAUAGUUGGCCGUCCUCGGCACACAGGUGUGAUGGUUGGAAUGGGCCAAAAAGAUGCCUAUGUUGGUGACGAGGCACAGUCAAAAAGAGGUAUCUUGACCUUGAAAUACCCCAUUGAGCAUGGUAUCGUGAACAACUGGGAUGAUAUGGAGAAAAUCUGGCAUCACACCUUCUACAAUGAGCUGCGUGUUGCUCCUGAAGAGCAUCCAAUUCUGCUGACAGAAGCUCCUCUAAACCCGAAGGCAAACAGAGAGAAGAUGACCCAAAUCAUGUUUGAGACAUUCAAUGCCCCAGCGAUGUAUGUUGCUAUCCAAGCUGUUCUUUCCCUAUAUGCCAGUGGUCGUACAACAGGUAUUGUGCUUGAUUCUGGUGAUGGUGUGACCCAUACUGUGCCAAUCUAUGAGGGAUAUGCACUUCCACAUGCAAUUCUUAGGUUGGAUCUUGCUGGUCGUGAUCUGACUGACUGCCUAAUGAAGAUCCUCACAGAAAGGGGUUAUUCCUUCACUACAACUGCAGAACGGGAAAUUGUAAGGGAUAUAAAGGAGAAGCUUGCCUUUGUUGCCCUUGAUUAUGAGCAGGAGCUCGAGACUACUAAGAGCAGCUCGUCUGUCGAGAAGAGCUACGAGUUGCCUGAUGGGCAGGUCAUAACAAUUGGUGCGGAAAGGUUCAGGUGCCCCGAAGUGCUUUUCCAGCCCUCGCUGAUUGGUAUGGAAGCUCCCGGCAUCCACGAGACCACCUACAACUCUAUCAUGAAAUGUGAUGUUGAUAUCAGGAAGGAUCUCUAUGGCAACAUUGUUCUCAGUGGAGGAACAACCAUGUUCCCUGGCAUUGCUGACAGGAUGAGCAAGGAGAUUACCGCCCUCGCACCGAGCAGUAUGAAAAUUAAGGUGGUGGCUCCUCCUGAGAGAAAAUACAGUGUCUGGAUUGGUGGUUCUAUCCUCGCCUCCCUCAGCACAUUCCAACAGAUGUGGAUAUCUAAGGGAGAGUAUGAUGAAUCUGGUCCUUCAAUCGUCCACCGAAAAUGCUUCUGAGCUUUCGGCCGUGCCUUCUUAGUGCCUCCAGUCGUGUGAACUCGACAUCGUUGAGUGUGUGUCUAUGAAGUAUAUUUUGAGUUUCUGUGAGCACAUUUGCGCGUGUGCUAGGAUUACUACGUGAGGGAAGAGUAGACCCAACCAAGCCUUUGUUUGAGAUGUCCUGCUUUUAGUGAUCCAGAUGGCGUUCUUUGCUUGCCUAUUUUCUGAAUUGUCGUUUUCCAUAUGGUCGAGUUCAGUGGUAUCAAGUUCACAUUUCAUGGUCAUAACUGUGAUAUCUCCAAAUAUAAUUUUCCCACAACAAA